AUGGCCUCGGAGCUGGCCAUGAGCGCGGAGCUGCCCACGAGCCCCCUCGCCAUCGAGUACGUGAACGAUUUCGACCUGAUGAAGUUCGAGGUGAAGAAGGAGCCGGCGGAGGCGGAGCGGCUGUGCCACCGUCUGCCCGCCGGGUCCUUGUCGUCCACCCCGCUCAGCACGCCCUGCUCCUCCGUGCCUUCCUCGCCCAGUUUCUGCGCUCCCAGCCCCGGUGGGCAACCGGCCCCCGGUCCCCCGGCUACCGCCGCCGCUUCCCUGGGCUCCAAACAGCAGCUGGAGGAGCUGUACUGGAUGUCGGGUUACCAGCAUCACCUCAACCCCGAAGCUCUCAACCUGACGCCGGAGGACGCGGUGGAGGCGUUGAUCGGUGCCCCUCACCAUCAUCAUCAUCACCACCAAGGGUACGAGCCCUUCCGACCUCAACCCUUCGGGGGUGAGGAGCUGCCGCCGGCCGCCCAUCACCAUCCCGGCCAUCACCAUCACCAUCAUCAUCAUCACCACCUACGCCUGGAGGACCGGUUCUCCGACGAUCAGCUGGUGAGUAUGUCCGUGCGGGAGCUGAACCGGCAGCUGCGGGGCUUCAGCAAGGAGGAGGUGAUCCGCCUCAAGCAGAAGAGGAGGACCUUGAAGAACCGGGGCUACGCUCAAUCCUGCCGCUACAAGCGGGUCCAGCAACGGCACAUCUUGGAGAACGAGAAAUGCCAACUGCAGAGCCAGGUGGAGCAGCUCAAGCAGGAGGUGACCCGCUUGGCCAAGGAAAGGGAUCUGUACAAAGAAAAAUAUGAGAAGUUGGCCGGCCGGGGCUUCGCGAGGGAGCCCUCCCCAUCCGCCGCCCCGAAAGCCGCCGCUGACUUCUUCAUGUGAGCCGGGCUGGUGGGAUGGGGUGGGAUCCCCUUUUUGGUUUUUUUCCUCAUGCGGGGUGAGCAAACCCGCCGCUUAUAU